UCGAGCGCAAACGACAUCAACAACUGAGCGGAUGAAGUCAUACAAACAAUACACUCUCAAACUGCUUAUAAGAAAUUAACCUGACGUCAGGAACAUUGUACGGAUAAUAUCGACUGCUGUCAAACAGAUUUUGGACAGGAGCGACUGUCUGAAAGUCACACAAUCUUCGUGAGGAAUGCCAGCACCAUCCAUCCCUUGACCGAAUCCUCUGACUUCAGAUGUAGAGAGCGAGCAAACGAAAAAAGAAUGGGGGAGACGGAAGAUGAGCGGGCGUUGCAGGCCGCCCAGCUUUAUGAGAACUUUGUGCAGGCCACUACAUGUAAAGGCACCAUGCAGGCCUUCAGCAUUCUCUGCAGGCAACUAGAUCUGGAUCCCUCCGAUCACCGAACCUUCUACAGCAGCCUGAAAGCCGCAGUCACCUACUGGAAGGCCAAAGCCCUCUGGGGGAAGCUCGAUAAGAGAUGCGCACACAAGGAGUAUGGUAAAGGCAAAACCUGCAUGGACACUAGGUGUUUCAUCAUUGGUGGUGGCCCCUGUGGUCUUCGGACCGCCAUCGAAUUGGCCUUGCUGGGUGCCAAGGUGGUGGUGAUUGAAAAGAGGGACACGUUCUCCAGGAACAAUGUUCUGCACCUGUGGCCUUACACCAUCCAUGACCUCAGGAACCUUGGAGCCAAGAAGUUCUAUGGAAAGUUCUGCGCUGGAUCUAUAGACCACAUCAGUAUCCGUCAGCUGCAGCUCAUGCUACUAAAGAUUGCUCUCAUCGUUGGGGUGGAGGUACACGUCAACGUAGAGUUCCUUAAGCUUUUGGAGCCACCAGAGGACCAAGGCACUGAUGGGCCUGGAUGGAGGGCGGAGAUCAGGCCGAACGACCACCCGAUCUCAAAUUAUGAGUUUGAUGUGAUAAUCGCAGCAGAUGGAAGGAGAAGCACACUUGAUGGCUUUAGGCGAAAAGAGUUCAGAGGGAAACUGGCUAUCGCCAUCACAGCAAACUUUGUUAACCGCAACACCACGGCCGAGGCCAAAGUGGAGGAGAUCAGUGGGGUGGCAUUCAUCUUCAAUCAAAAGUUCUUCCUGGAGCUUAAAGAGGAAACGGGGGUCGAUCUGGAAAACAUUGUCUAUUAUAAAGAUGACACGCACUACUUCGUCAUGACUGCAAAGAAACAGAGUUUGCUGGACAAGGGUGUGAUAAUCAAUGAUUACAUUGAGACUGAACGGCUAUUGGCAAACGAUAACGUAAACCAGGAAGCGCUGCUCUCGUAUGCCCGUGAGGCUGCAGAUUUUGGCACGAACUACCAGCUGCCCUCUUUGGAUUACGCCAUCAACCACUACGGUCAGCCGGAUGUGGCCAUGUUUGACUUUACCUGCAUGUACGCCUCAGAGAAUGCCGCGCUGGUGAGAGAAAAGAAGGGUCAUCAAUUGCUUGUGGCCCUGGUUGGGGACAGCCUGUUGGAGCCUUUCUGGCCAAUGGGCACAGGAUGUGCUCGAGGGUUUCUGGCUGCCUUUGACACAGUGUGGAUGAUAAAGGGUUGGGCUCAAGGUAAAGAACCACUUGACCUUCUGUCAGAGAGAGAGAGCAUCUAUAGGCUGUUGCCUCAGACCACAGCUGAAAAUAUCUCAAAAAACUUUGAGCAAUACACCAUAGAUCCUUCUACACGUUACCCUAACCUCAACUCCACCUGCGUGCGCCCACAUCAGGUACGGCAUCUGUACAUCAGCGGUGAACAGAACUCAAGUGUUUUGGAGCGCAGCGGACCCACACGCAGAUCUGUCAACCUCUCCAGACGAGAGUCAGAGGUUCGUCCCAGUCGUCUGCUGUUGUGGUGUCAAAAACAGACUCAGGGUUAUAAGGGAGUGGAUGUGACUGAUCUCACAACUUCAUGGAGGACUGGCCUGGCACUUUGCGCGCUCAUCCACCGCCAGCGGCCCGACCUCAUUGAUUUUGACUCGCUGAAUGAAGCAGACUGUGCUAAAAACAACCAGCUGGCGUUUGAUGUGGCAGAGCGGGAGUUUGGCAUCCAGCCUGUCACUACUGGAAAGGAGAUGGAUGCUGAGCGCGGGCCAGACAAGCUCAUCAUGGUUCUCUACCUCUCCAAAUUCUAUGAGAUGUUCCGCAACCCAUCUCAACCUGCCACAGGUGUACCCAAACAGGUGGAUGCAAAUAAUGAAAUCUAUUCAUCAAAGACUGCAAAUUCUCUUUACAACUCUAUAAACCUCGCAAGAAAGAGAAUUCCAAAGGUCGACAAGAAGUUGGAAGACAACGAUUUUAACAAAAAGAGGAAGAAGGGAAUCGCCCACCUUGAGGAGCAAAUGUCCAAUCAGAGUGCGCCCCCUGUAGGCGAAAAUGGUGAACAGAAAGAGAAUCGGGUGCGCUCCAUGGCAACUCAACUGCUGGCCAGGUUUGAGGAAAACGCUCCAAGCUGCGCAUUACACCGACAGUCUGAAUCUGAGGUUGAGUCUGUUGCUGAAAAGCAAAAAUCUCUGGACACGAGUAACAACACACGCUUUACCAAACCUACAAAUCACCCCAUGCCCCCUCCAACACCUCCACCCAAACCGAAAUGGCAGCCAUCUCCUUAUCUAAGACUACUUGAAUCUCACACCCGGAAUGAGUCCCGGGACACUGGUGCCAGACUUUCUGACUGCCAUUUAGAUGUCAGUUCAGGUGGUGAAAACGCAGAGAUCCAGUCCAACUCCAAAAAGACUGAAGUUCACUCCAGUUUCCAGCUUACAGAUAUUACGUCCUGCUAUCAUACCAACGAGUCUCGUUCAAGAACUUCUCACAUUCCCUUCAAAGUGCUUCAGUCGGUUUCUCAGACUGGGCUGUCUUCACGGGCAGCAGAACAAUCAGAUGUACACCUCCCCUUCAAACCAGCUUUGGGUGGGAUGAUCAAGUGCAUGAAAAACCUGGAAGAGGAAGUGAGCAAGAGAAAAGCACAGGCUGAAGUGACUAGACUGUUCAACAAAAAAAGCAUCAAGGAGCGAGCUCAGCAGCUGGGAUGUCUGUUCUUUGGCAAACCGGCUCAGCUUCAGGAGUCUGAAAACUCUUCUGCUGUUUCCUCAUCUCCCUCUAACCUUUCUUCCGCCCAUCCUAUCCCACAAUGCUCUUCUCUGUCCUGUUUUCUUUCCACUGUUGCUUCAAUCCAACAUGAGCAGUGCAGUGGUGAAUCAGAAAUACACCUGAAUCAUAAUAAACACACAGAUGGCUCUGAAGUCAAGCGUGUUGAGUGCCUUGACGCCUCCAAGCAGAGAACAGUGGGAAAGGUUUCCUCUGCCAUUGGGGUUAAAGCAGCUACACUGGCCAUCUUAUAUGAGACAGAUCAUAGACCGAACAAUCCUAUCACCCUUUCACUGACAGAAGCCAGAAGAUGUGCAGAAUCUGGGGCGACCAGCAUGCGAAAGGACUUCCCUCAGGGUCUGGGUGGCAGCGACACCUGCCACUUCUGUAAGAAGCGCGUGUACGUGAUGGAGAGACUCAGCGCGGAGGGUUACUUUUUUCACCGAGAGUGUUUCCGCUGUCACAUCUGCGGCUGUACAUUGAGACUGGGGGGUCACGCUUUCGACUCCAACCAAGGCACUUUUUAUUGCAAGCUGCACUUUUCUCAGCGGAGAACCAUCAGCAGUAGACAUAGAAGAGGAGAGGUGUACGGAGCCAGCAGGCCCUCAACCAGUGCUACUUCUGACUACAUGGCCCCGGACGGCCCUCACAUUCAGCCCUCAGGAACCGAGCAAGACUCUGGAAACAAAAAAGACCAGAAGGGUUUGACGGACCCAAACACUUCCAAUGAGAGCCCAGAGGCACCAGCCCUAUCCGAUUCAACGGAGGUCAUAAACAUGAGUAGUGAAGUCAAUGGUUCAUCUAAGAAGAAGUCAGAGUCUCUGCCUGUGUGUCCCAACUUACCACAGCAAAAUGGGAAAAGCUCCACUGCCAAAGGAGAAAUUACCAACAAAAACAACCUGUGGAGGAAGAAAAUUCGAUCAACUCUGCCUCUCAUGCUGAUUAAGAAAUUUCAUCGUGGAAAACCAGCCGACAAAAAUGAAACCGUUGCAGAAGAUGGCCAUUCGGACUUUGAAGAGAUUCACGAAUCUUUGUCCCAACCAAAGCCUGAAACUCAUACUACGGAGUCUCACUGCCCCCUAAUGGAGAACAGCAGAUCAACACCGACCCUUGAUGAAAUCCCCAAAAUUCCUCGAUAUCGUUCACACUUCCUUCCUGAGCCCUCCACAGCCAGCGGUCCUCCUCAAAAGCCGAUUUCUGACAGGAAGGCUCCUGAUCCAGAGGAGCAGAACUCCAACAGUCCCAAGAAAAGACUCCUGCUUUCAUUAUCUGAAAAGGAGAAGCUACUGAAUUGGGACUUGUACACUCCUGGUACGUUCUCAGCAUCAGCUGGAGCCACCGCCAGAGCGGAACGACCUGCCAGCACAUCUAAAGAUCCACCGAAGGAUCAACCAGAACCAGAAGCUCAACCAGAACCCAGCCGUACCUCACCUGAGCCCAGCCCUCCUCUCUUUGGCAUCCCACUCUGGGCCAACAAUUUCCGCAAAUCUUUCUCCAACAAGGGAAACAAUCCUGCGGUCCUCAGAAGAAACCGACCGUUGAAAGCUAGACCGUUGUCUGAGGGGUCCUUCAGCCUCAGCUCCUUGUUAGGAAGCAGCACGCAAAACAACCAAGAUGAGGAACCAAGGAACCCAUCAGGUGGAGAAAGUCAAUCCAGAGUGAGGAGUGGAAGCGAGCUCACUACGUUACUGGAGCAGGUGGCUCUCGGCGCUAAGGUGUCCAAGGGCACCAAAGAUGAUAUAGCAUCCCUGCCACCCAGAAAGCUCAAUUUCUUCUCCUCUCUAAGGAUUAAGAGGAAUGAGGAAACAGGUCAGACCAAAGGAGACAACCAAAAGGACAUCUUGACCAUCCUUUCUAGGUUUAGAAACAAAGCUUCUGCCCAGGAACAUCAGCAACAGGAACUGAACUCAUCUAGUGAAGAAGAUCAAGAACCCGAUACACGACGGUCCCAUCGAGGCACACCUGAGACCAAUAGGAAAACACAAGAGAACAUUUCCAUUCGAAAAACCAAGAAUGAACAGCUAAAAAGACUUCACAGAGCUCAGAUGAUCCAGAGACAGCUUGAGGAAGUUGAAGAGAAGCAGAGAGCUCUGGAGGAGAAAGGUGUAACUCUGGAGAAGAUCCUCAGAGGAGAAACGGAUGGCGACUCUACGGAUGAGACCGUGCUACUACAUACCUGGUUCAAACUGGUCUUGCAGAAGAACAAACUGGCCCGAUAUGAGUCUGAACUCAUGAUCUUUGCUCAGGAACUAGAGUUGGAGGACACUCAAAGUCGACUGCAGCAGGACCUGAGACGACGAAUGACCGCUGAAGACUGUGAAAAGAGUGCAAGUGAGCUAGUGGAGGAGCAAAACCUCUUGGUGGAGAUCAUGAAGGUGGUGGAGAAGAGAGACAAACUAGUGAGUCUGCUGGAGGAGCAGCGGCUGAAGGAAAAAGCAGAGGACAGAGACCUGGAGAGCUUGAUCCUCUCAAAGCGCUAUCAGUUUCACUGGAAUUAAACUUUUGAAAUCCACUGGAUUAAGCAUUUUACUUGAGAUGUGCAUCUACUGUACCUACCAGCAAGAGAGCCUUCACAGAUCAACGUCUACUGUAGAUCUAAACCAAACUAUAAAACUAAAAAUGCUGCCUUCUUGAAAUGAAAUAAACCAAAAAACAAACACGUGCCUCUUUGUAAAGUGAAAAUUAGUUCAGAAAUGUUCAUUUCAGGACGAACACAAUUGCACAGCCACAGAGGUGUGAAAAAAUGAAUCUAGAGUUUAUCCACAAUGGUGCAUUAUUAUUUAUAUAGUUUUUUGGACUUGUUUGAUGUGUCUUAAAUUCUUAUGAAUGUUUGUUUGGUUAUGUGGUGCAUGAAGAGGCCAAAUGUUAAUUGCAGUUUAAUGUACGAGUCAAGCUAUUCUGUUUCUCUCUUAGUCGUGCAAUGCGUAUGCCUUCUCAAGUGACUUUAAAUUGCAAUUAUUCCUAAUGCAUAAACAAAAUAUUGAUUUGUUGCAAGAAUCACAUAAGCGCUUAUUAAUGGUUGGGCUCUGGUUUUAUUUGUCUGUUCCUUUGUGUAUUUUA